GCGCAAGUUGUACUUUCAAUUAAAUUCACCGGCACAGGAAAUCGUGUUAAAUUUCAACCCAAUCCAGUCAAAUUAAUCCUUCAUCAAUGGAAAUAACAACCAAAAAUUUCAUCCAGCAGCUGCCCUCGAUUCGGCAGGCAAUCCGGGAGGCAAACUUUUUCGCCAUCGAUGGGGAGUUCACCGGGCUGACGUCGGAUCGGAAUGUUCUGCCCUUCGAUACACCGGAAGAGGUGUACCUGAAGACGAUCGAAAAUUCUGCAAACUUUAUUAUCAUUCAGCUGGGGCUGUGUGCCUUUCAGGUUCACCCGGAAACUGGACUUGUGUCGUACAAAUGUUACAAUUUCUACUGCUAUCCCAAGGGCCGAGUACACAUAUUUGCCUGCCAGGGGGAGAGUAUGCGUUUUCUGGCGGAAAAUGAGUUCGAUUUCAAUAAGCUGUUUCGGGAGGGUUUGUCGUACUGUGGGGAGACCGACGAGGAGAGGUUUAGGGUAGAGUUGAAGGACAGACAAGAGCAGCGUGCUGCAGCUUUGGAAGCAAAGGAGGAUGAAAAUGGCGAGAAGGAUUCGCUGAAUAUGGUCCCGGUGCCACCGGAGGAGGAAAAGUUGAUGAGCGAAAUCACCGAGCGGAUCGAAGUGUUCCUCAAGUCGGAGGACAAGGAUUUCACCAUCACCAAGUGUAAUGGGUUCCAGCGAAAGUUGGUGUACCAGUUGAUAGACUCGAAGUAUCAGAAGGCUAUUUCUACUUCUUCGGUUACUUUGGAGAACAAUCACAAAGCCAUCCUGGUAGAGCGGAAACGAACUAAGGAACAAGAAUUAAAGCUGGAGGCGGAACGGGCUGCUCAGGAGAACGAAGAGUUGGAGCUGGCGGUGGGUCUCUCGUUGGUUCUGCAAGAGUUGUCCCGUGCGAAAAAGCUGAUCAUUGGGCACAAUAUGCUCCUGGAUUUGCUGUUCGUGAUUCGGCAAUUCUUCCGACCGCUGCCGCCCAACUUCCAUGAAUUCAAAAAGAUCGUUCGGGAACUGUUUCCUUUAUUACUGGACACAAAGUAUCUAUGCACGAACGGGGAACUCAAAGUACACGUAUACUCCUCGGUGCUGGGACACGUCUUCGAUGCCGUCAACAAAGAACCCUUCAAGCUACCGGAGGUAAGCUGCGCAUUGGAGGAACACAAGUAUUCCCCGCAAGAAAUGAAGCAACACGAUGCCGGAUACGAUGCGUACUUGACGGGAUUGUGCUUCCUGGGGCUGGUCAGUUUCUUCAAAGUUGAUCUGAAAGAUUUAACCCACGAUCCCGUUCUCAAAGCUUACUUCAACAGAAUCUUUUUGCUACGAGUUUCUGAAAUUAAUUACAUCUACACACAUGGAAAAGAGCCAUCCUUCUCGCGAGAGCACAUCUUUUUCGUUUCCUUCCCGGAAAACUGGCGCCAGAGCGACAUCAUAACCCGUUUCCGCAACUAUGGCCAAGUGUACAUAAAUUGGGUUAACAGCAGCUCGGCUUUCAUCACGCUGCACAAUCGUGACUACGCAAGCCACGUGAUCAAAACCAUCGACAAGUCGAGCAUUUCCAUCUGCACGCUUAACCAAUUCAAGGCCAAGCAGCAAUGUGCUGGGGAUAAGCGAAGGCAUGAUAGUGAUAGUGCCGAUCGAGGACAUCCACAGCAGCAGCACCAUCAUAGCUCCCAUUCCCACCACCACCACCACAAAGGCGGCAAAGCGGAAAAAGAAGAAAAACCAGCGUCGGUAGUUCCGCCGCAAGUUAGCGCUGAGGAGGUGGCUGCAUUUGGUGCUGCUAGUCAACCGAAAAAGGCUCGGAAAGGGCCCUUCGCCGAAGACGAUAACUGGUGAUCUAGCAAGUAUGUAGGACAAAUUUUAUAUUUACUAAAUUGUCGAACUUGAC